CACCGGUGGGUCCUUCCUGCUCGUCCAGCGUCAGCGAAUGGCGAGCUCGCUCGGCUCCCUCCCUGCCUGUCUGCCCAGGAGUCCCACGCCGGAGCCGCCACGGGGACCCUCGAGCUCCUCCGCGCCGCUCCGCGUCACGGUCGGCAAGUGGCGGCGCGAGGGCGGCGUCGUGGCGUACGAGGUGAGCGUGGCAGUCGGCGAGGAGCAGUGGACGGUUUGGAAGCGAUUCUCCGACUUCCGUUCGCUGCACAGCCUCUGCGCGCACACGCUGCGCCUCCCGCCGUUUGCGCUCCCGCGGCUGCUGCUCCACACCAAGUCGCGGCGAAAGCGCCGCUCCUUCAUGCUGCAGGGCUACCUGCAGGACACGCUGGGCCGCGCAGUGGACACAGCCUGCUCGGCGGGCGGCAGCGGGCUGCCGCUGCUUCUGGCGGGCUUCCUGGGGCUGGGCCCCAGCGCUGCGGCCGUCGUGACGCUCGACGGCCCCACACCGGCGCCGCCGCCUCUGUCGCUCGCCUCGACCGCCUCGGCCGCUGCCUCAGCCUCCUUGCCGCUGGCUCGCGCGCUGCCGGCGCCGGCGGCGCCGUUCCCUCCCGCGGCGGCGUGGUGGCACGGCCUCGGCUCGUGGGUGCUCAAGAAGCUGACGGGCGGCGUCGCCACCAUCGGCCCGAGCGGAGAGAUGCUGGUCGAGCGUGUCUCGCUCGACGCGCCGCUCCUGGAGUGGGCGGUGCAGCGGAUGCUGUGCGGCGUGCCGCUGCCGAUGCGGAUCCUGUCGGCGCGGGUGGACAAGAUCGAGGUGCGGGUGGUGCGGGGAGACGUGCAGGUGAGCUGCACGCGGCUGCGCCUCGUCCUCGCUGACGAGGAGAUGGGGGAGCUCGGCGCGGCGCCCUUCGAGGAGAGGGAGGAGCGGGCCGCCAUCGUGCUGCACCAGCUCUACUCCGCCCUCGGCAGGGCGGGAGAGCCGACUGACCAGCCGAGUGGAGACGCGUCCCCUCCUCCCUCCUCCGCCGGCGCGGCCUCCUCCGCCGCGACGAGCGACGCGGGCGACGCGGCGGACGGCGGCGGAGGCCUGCCCGCGCCGCCGCGCCGGAUGCGCAGGAAGAGCUCCUGGGUCGUCCGCGAGAAGGGGACGACCUUCCAGACCCACGCGCGCCAGCGGCCCGUCACGCCGCCGCCCAAGCGGAGGGCGGCGCCGCAGGAGGCUGCAGCGCCCUCCAGCGUGCCGCUCCGCCGCGCUGCAGACUCGCCCUCGGCCGCCCCUCCGCCCCCGUCCGCCCCGGCCGCCGCCCGGCCGCCGCGCCGCGUGACGAUGGCGGAGAGCGCGACGGCGGGCCGGCCGGUGGACCGGAAGCAAGUGCGCGAGCUGGCGGCGGUGCUCAGCCGCCGCGCGACCAGCGGCAACCUCGCGGCCGCGCCGCCUCCGCGGCCGCGCGUCGCUGCGGGCCGGCAAGCCGAGGUCAACAAGGAGCUGCGGGCGAUGCCGUCGGCGCUGCGGCAGCGGCUGCUCGCUUUCACGUGCCGCAUCCUGCCAAAGGUGCAGCUCAAGGCGGUCGAGGUCUGCUACGACCACCUCGGCCUGGCGAUGGCGAUCCCGAUCGACGUCUCCUUCGCGGAGCUGGCGCUCAUCUGGCUGCUGCUCGCCUUCCCGAACGCGCCGCGGAGGGGAGGGCUCGCGCGGCCGCUCCGCCAGGCGGGCCGGGCCUGACCGGCUUGGCGGCCCCGCGGGAGGCAGCCUUCCUUGUCGGUAGAUGUAUACACGUCUCGCCGCACGUGCAGUGUGUGUUCUGAGGCUGUUUGGGUGUACACGCAUGGUGGUCUGAUUCGACAGUGCUCGCUUUUCAAAGCAGCGGCGAGAGUGAAAGAGAGAGUGAGAGCGAGUUAUGACUUUAUUCUCUGCGAAACUAGGACCUC